ACCAUCCGCUGUCACACAGCCGAGGGAGAGGGAGAGAAAUAGAGAGAGAGGGAGAGGGACAGAGAGAGAGAGGGAGAGAGAGAGAGAGAGAGAGAGAGGGAGGUGAAACUUUGCGUAAUUGUGGUUGAGACGCUUUCACCUUGGCGUUCACCGAGCAUACCUUCGCUUAAAUCCCGAACAUCCGCUGGAUCCAGAGAGGAGGAAGAGGAGUGAGGAAUCCUCCCCUCCAGAGAGACGGGGGCUACAUCCUCUGAAGCCGUUCAUGCCUGAUAAAGUUUACGCGCAGCGUGGUAGAGGAGAGAGGAUAAAGACUCAACUGCGCUCCUUUCGGUAAACUUAUUUGGGAAGUCGAUUGGAAAUGGGCACCUUGCGCGACCUCCAGUACGCGCUCCAAGAGAAGAUCGAGGAGCUGCGCCAGAGGGACGCGCUCAUCGACGAGCUGGAGCUGGAGCUCGACCAGAAGGACGAGCUCAUCCAGAGACUACAGAACGAGCUGGACAAAUAUCGCUCCGUUAUCAAACCGGCAACCCAGCAGGUCCACAAGCAGAGCGAGCUGCACGAGCAGCAGCGGACCAAGAGGCAGGCGAUUUCGGCCGAACCCACCGCCUUCGACAUCCAGGAUCUCAGCCAUGUCACCCUACCUUUCUACCCCAAAAGCCCACAGUCUAAGGAUCUGAUCAAGGAGGCCAUCUUGGACAAUGACUUCAUGAAGAACUUGGAGCUGUCUCAGAUCCAAGAGAUCGUGGACUGCAUGUACCCUGUGGAGUAUGGAAAGGACAGCUGUAUCAUUAAGGAGGGCGAUGUGGGCUCACUGGUCUAUGUCAUGGAAGACGGCAAGGUGGAAGUGACGAAGGAGAGCCUGAAGCUCUGCACCAUGGGGCCAGGGAAGGUGUUUGGAGAGUUGGCUAUACUCUACAACUGCACCAGGACUGCCACUGUCAAGACUCUAACAAAUGUGAAGCUGUGGGCCAUUGACCGGCAAUGUUUUCAGACGAUCAUGAUGAGGACAGGUCUCAUCAAGCACACAGAGUACAUGGAGUUUCUGAAAAGCGUCCCCACAUUCCACGGGCUGCAAGAGGACAUUCUGAGCAAGCUUGCAGAUGUCCUUGAGGAGACACAUUAUGAAGAUGGAGAGUACAUCAUCAGACAGGGGGCCAGAGGAGACACCUUCUUCAUCAUCAGUAAAGGAAAGGUUAAUGUUACCAGGGAAGACCUGCCCAAUGGAGAGCCUGUCUACCUGCGCAGCCUUGGGAAAGGAGACUGGUUUGGAGAGAAAGCACUUCAAGGGGAGGACAUCAGGACGGCCAGUGUCAUUGCAGCAGAGGCGGUCACCUGCUUAGUCAUCGAUAGAGAUUCAUUCAAACACCUGAUUGGAGGUCUGGAGGAUGUGUCCAGUAAAGGCCACGAGGAUGCUGAUGCCAAAGCCAAGUAUGAAGCAGAGAACGCGUUUUUCUUCAAUCUCAACCUGGCUGACUUCAACAUCAUCGACACUCUGGGUGUCGGUGGCUUCGGGCGCGUCGAGUUGGUUCAGCUCAAGAGUGAUGAGAACAAAACCUUCGCCAUGAAAAUACUGAAGAAGAGGCACAUUGUGGACACAAGACAGCAGGAGCACAUUCGUUCAGAGAAACUCAUCAUGCAGGAGGCCCACUCUGACUUCAUUGUUAGACUCUAUAGAACAUUCAAGGACAGCAAGUACCUCUACAUGUUGAUGGAAGCUUGUUUAGGAGGAGAGCUGUGGACCAUUCUUCGAGACCGGGGCUCAUUUGAGGACUCAACCACCAGGUUCUACACAGCUUGUGUGGUCGAAGCCUUCGCCUACCUGCAUUCCAAAGGAAUCAUCUAUAGAGACCUCAAGCCAGAAAACCUUAUACUGGACCACAGGGGCUAUGCCAAACUGGUCGACUUUGGUUUUGCCAAGAAGAUCGGGUUUGGCAAGAAGACGUGGACCUUCUGUGGGACGCCGGAGUAUGUAGCACCAGAGAUCAUUCUGAACAAGGGUCACGACAUCUCAGCUGACUACUGGUCUCUAGGAAUCCUAAUGUUUGAGCUCUUAACUGGCAGCCCUCCAUUCUCUGGGCCUGAUCCAAUGAAAACCUACAACAUCAUCCUGAGAGGCAUCGACAUGAUUGAAUUUCCAAAGAAAAUUACCAAAAAUGCUGCCAAUCUAAUCAAAAAGCUAUGCAGGGAUAAUCCUUCUGAACGACUGGGAAACUUGAAAAAUGGUGUCAAAGACAUCCAAAAGCACAAAUGGUUUGAGGGCUUUAACUGGGAGGGCUUGAAGAAGGGAACAUUGACGCCUCCUAUUAUCCCUAAUGUCACAUCAGCAGUCGAUACAAGUAACUUUGACAGCUUCCCAGAAGACAACGAGGACCCACCUCCCGAUGACAACUCCGGCUGGGACGUUGAUUUUUGAAGUCCUCCUCUCCCUCUUAAAACCAAAAGAAACUCUUCUUUUGCUGGCUUAGAGGCCAUCAUGAGGACAUGGCUGUGUGUAAAAACAAAACAAAACAAAACAAAACAAAACAAAAAAAAAACUGCUAAAAAAAAA